AUGAAGAAGUCUUUUUCUACUCGAGCUGGCCGGCUCCUCGAGUUUUUCUGGAAACCGGGCACGGAUAACGUCCAAGGCAUCAACCAACCACUGGCCCAGGAAGCGGUCAAGGGCACACUCCAAAAAUUGAAAGAUAUUUACCCUGAGCUCAGAGAAGCAAAGAAUGCCACGAGAAAGAAGGUUGAGAUCACGAAGAAAGAGUUGCAAGACAUACUUAACCUACAUGGCGAGGCACAUGGUGGUCUUAAAUACAGCAAUCCAAGGGCGAAGAAUACUGACUGGGACGGAGCAGACCAACUGGCACGAUUCCAUUUCAACGUCAAAAAAAUCAACUUGGCGUCCAGAGAGGGGACCUUUUUGGAAAGAACUGGAAUCCCAUAUCGGUUCUUUUCCGACAACUCCAUUGGCAUCGUCAAGGUCCUCCCCUCAUACGCUCAUGGUGCCACAACACUUAAUCUCGGCCGCGGGAUCGACUUCCUCAGAAUGGCGCUUGAUCCCACGCCAGAGUACACAUGGGGAGGAAUGACCACCCCUCGUCCCUCUAUGCAGGGCAGCAGGGGCAAGCAACCUGAUAACUGCCUUUUUCCAAAUUCCCGGACCAAUCAACCUCGCCGGCCAAGCCUUGUAAUCGAAACAGGUGUUACUGGUGGUCUUUUCUGUGUGCGCACUUCUUCAUUGAUUGAUAGCAUGCUUGCCCUGGACCUUGCACGGAACGCGCAGUAG